CUCUCAAGCUCACUUAAUAAAGAGUAUUUGCUUCGCCUAAUUUCGGCGAUGAUGAUUUCAUUUUUUGUUUUGGCCUCCACCAUUGGCAGCGAACGCUCAGCACUUUUAUUCAGUUGAUAUUUUUCAGUCAAGCAGAGCAGAAGUGUUAAGAAAGUUGGAUACAUUUAGUAAAUCAACUUAUUGAACUUGAAAUUUCAGCUAAAAUUCCAAACAGUCAGAAACAGUUUAUUGUCGCCUCAGUUCAGGGCUUAAUACGCAAACCAUAUCUACACUCGUGCAUUUGCAAUAUAGGCAAAUUAAGAAACAAACAAUAUGUCUCAAAAACGUGUAUCCGUUUCCACUCGCGUUUCGCGCGCCUCGACUUCCACACCUGUGGGUGGACAGUCGGGACGCGUUGGAGCCACUAGCCCUAGCGCCACUAGUCCUACGCGCACAACUCGAAUACAGGAGAAGGAGGAGUUGCAGCAUUUAAACGAUCGUCUCGCUUGUUACAUCGAUCGUAUGCGUAAUCUGGAGAAUGACAACAACAGAUUGACGCAGGAACUACACAUUGCCCAAGACACUGUCAAUCGCGAAGUGUCCAACAUAAAGGCAAUGUAUGAGAAGGAAUUAGCAGCCGCGCGCAAGCUACUAGAUGAAACUUCCAAGGAGAAAGCCAAACUGGAGAUUGACAUCAAGCGAUUAUGGGAGGAAAACGAUGACCUCAAACAAAGGCUAGACAAAAAAACAAAGGAGUGUUCUAUUGCUGAGAACAGCGCACGUGUAUAUGAAUCUCGCUUUAACGAAGUGAACGGCAAGUACAACCAGGCUUUAGCUGAUCGCAAGAAGGCCGAAGAUCAAGCCAAAGAUCUUGCGCUCGAAAAUGACCGGCUACGCAAGCAACUUGAUGAUCUGCGCAAGCAACUUGAAGCUGAGACCUUGGCUCGUGUCGAUUUGGAGAACCAAAAUCAAAGUCUUCGUGAGGAACUCAGUUUCAAAGACCAAGUUCAUAGCCGGGAACUCACCGAGACACGCUCUAGGCGUCAAAUUGAGAUCAGCGAAAUCGACGGCCGCUUAUCCAAGCAAUACGAGGCUAAAUUACAACAAUCUCUUCAGGAGCUGCGUGAUCAAUAUGAAAGUCAAAUGCGUGCAAAUCGGGAAGAAAUCGAAUUGCUAUAUGACAAUGAAAUUAAAAACCUUCAAGCUGCUGCCAAUCGCGCAGCCAACUCAUCGGCACAUGCCACCGAAGAGAUUCGUGUUAUGCGCACGAAAAUUGACGGCCUUAACGCUAGGAUUCAGGAUCUAGAAAACACCAACGCCGGCUUAAACACACGCAUACGUGAAUUAGAAAACCUUCUAGACAGUGAACGUGCACGUCACAAUCAAUACAUAGCUUCAUUGGAGGCCGAACUUCAACGCAUGCGCGACGAAAUGGCCCAUCAGCUACAAGAAUACCAAGAUUUGAUGGACAUCAAGGUUUCGCUGGAUCUUGAAAUUGCCGCUUACGACAAACUGUUGUGCGGUGAGGAACGCCGCUUGAACAUUUCGUCACCUAUCCGUCCGGCAACUAGCACAAAUACCGACUCAGGAUUCUCAAAUGGCACUCACUUAUCGGUCAGUUCGACGUCACGUUCGGGCCGAGUGACCCCGAGCGGCCGUCGCUCGGCAACACCGGGAGUUGGUGGCAGCGCAAGUGCAGUAAAGCGCCGACGUACCGUUAUCGAUGAGUCCGAAGACCGUAACUUGUCGGAAUUUUCCGUUAACUCCGCCGCCAAAGGCGAUUUGCAGAUUGUCGACGCCGACAGCGAAGGACGUUACAUCAAACUACACAACAAGGGCAACGAAGAGAUACACCUUACUGGCUGGCAACUAACUCGCAUUGCUGGCGACGAAGAGUUAGCUUUCAAAUUUUCACGUGGUACGAAAAUUAAUGCUGGUGCUACCGUCACAAUCUGGUCAGUAGACGCGGGCGUUCCGCAUGAACCACCACAGAAUCUAGUAAUGAAGAAGAAAUGGCCAGUUGCCGAUUCAAUGCGCAGCGUACUGGCGAAUGCCGACAAAGAGGUGAGAAUCUUGUCGAUUUACAACACUUGUAACAGAUGUCACAUCUGCAGCCACUGUCAUCACUUAGAGUUUCUGAUCGACCAGAUGUUGCCAGCUACGACCGUGUUCGUUCAAACGUUUCCAGUCACGCAUCCCGGCACCGCUCUUCGGGCACCGGUUUUACCCUCGGUUCCGGAGUCGGUUCGACAGGCGUAAGGAGCCUUUUCUCACUACUUUUCUAAAUGCCCAACAAUGAGAAUACCUAAAACGCUUCCAGGCGCUACAGAGAAUUCACAAACCUAUAUACAAGUAUAUAGCAAAGUUAAAUAUAGCACAGACAAAAGUUAACUAAACUUUCAAAUUUCCUAUGUGCAUUUAAACAUAUCCUCAACGUUAAGCCAAGGCCUUCACACCCAGCACAAUAUACGAAGUUAGCAGUUUCUAGCCAGUGGAUGGUUUACAAAGUGCCAGGCUUAUCGUAAAAACUAUGAUAGACUACUUAAGAGUGCGCUACAAUUAUAAAAAUCUUACAUAUAAAUGUAUGUAUGUGUCAGCAGGAUACUUAAAUCUUGUAACUAUUUACGUUGCUACCAAAUGUAAUGUACAAACCUAAAUGUAAUUGAAAUCUUUUCACAUAUAUAAAAUAUGCAUUUAAAUACGGUUAAAAGAAAUUCGACUUUUUACUUAUUAUUCCUUUCCUCUCAUAUAAGUAUGUAUUUGUAUACAUACUUACAAGAAAGAGACUGGAUAUUAGAAAUAUUUGGGGGACUGAACAUCGCCGCAAACAGAGGCCAGGUUUUAGGCAAUAGGAAUUAUUUUAUAACUUUACUUGGUGCAGUUUUCUUACUAUGUAUGUAUCUGAAGGAAAUAAUUUCAUUGGCAGAAUUGAAUCACUCGGGUAUAACAUUUCGGGGAUUCGUCCAAAUGCCUGCCUAGUUUGUUGCUAGUACAGAUCUUUGGUACGAUUCUUGGUUAAAUAAAGUCUGAGAAGCGUUAAUGG